AUGAACUUUGUACAUUUACUGAGGCUGGCGCAACUGCAUGGCAUAUAUAGACUUUCUGAGAAAAAAGAUAGAUUUAUAUGGCUCAUAGCUCUACUGGCACUGUUUGGGACCGCUGUCACAUCGGCGUUGGUUACUUUAUGGCGGUAUGAAAGCAAACCCACGUAUAUAACGCGCAGGGAGAAUUACCGAUACAACAUGACAUUCCCAGCGGUACUCAUUUGCCCAGAACUGGAUUUUCCCGACCAUAAGAUGGAACAAUUCCUUGAAAAUAUACGAUUACCUCCAAAUCUCAAUAGGACAUACAUAAAAUCAGUACUUCGACAGCUUGCAACUUAUUAUUCCCCGGACGUACGUUACACGGUCAAAGACUUGGAGAACUUAGCUCAUUUACUUAGAUACAACGGUAUGAGUCUGAAGCCAACGUUUCUACGAUUAACCUCGACUUGUGAAGAAAUGUUAUUGCGAUGUCGAUGGCAUGGAAUUAUUUGGAACUGCACGAAAUUAUUUCAGAUGGAGAUCAUGCAAUUUGGUACUUGUUGUGUAUUCAACGGAAGAUCUUUGAAAAGGGAUAUUGUAGUUCAAGGUCUACCUCUUAAACGGCCAUCUUUGAAGCAAUAUGUUAAUUCAAUUGGUUACAAAAGUGAGAACGGAACAGCGCUGUCCCCAGGCCUGGAGAUGUGGUUCGGCUACAAGAUAGAUCCAUUCGAAGUCUCCGAAAACUCCAAGUCCCUCAGCAUCGGUCUCCGCCGCUGCUACCUCCCUAAUGACGAACAUUUGAAAUACUUCCCCGUUUAUAAACAGUUACGUUUCUCUAAAAUUUCAAUCUCUCAAGAGAGAGACUAUUCAUCACCAGCCCUUUUACGUCCCCACUGCAGGGGCUCAGGCCUUCCUUAUGGAUGGUUAAGGAGGAUGGGCCAUGACCCUCCACGCUGGCCCAAUGCGAGGGUAUUAACGACUGCAAAUGCAGCCGGGACCAACGGCUUAACGUGCCUUCCGAAGCACGAAGUAGCUCGAGAUAAUAAUUUUUUGGUCACCCAUCCCGUGACCGACCAUUGCGAAAGUUGCUUAACGACUACGAUCGCGGGCCGCGGCGCUUAUCGACUACGCCAACGAGCUACUCAGCUAUUAGAGUAUAGUUAGAGAGACUAUUAGAGUAUUUGUUUUCUAAAAAAAAAGAAAACUAAUACUCAUAUAAUUCGAACAUUCUGA